AGGAACCACAGCUGAGGGAUAGGAGGAAGAAUAUGAAGAAAAAGACAAAUGAAAAAAGGGAUCCCCAAAGAGGUGAAUUCCUGGAAAAAUAUACUGAGCUGCAUCUACUGGGAAAAGGAGGAUAUGGAUCUGUGUUUGCUGGAUAUCGAAAGGUGGAUAAAUUACCUGUGGCUAUCAAACACAUCCCAAAUGAAAAAGUGGGCCGCAAACAUAAGGAUGAGAAUGGUCAGGAGAUGGCGUUGGAGGUGGCCAUCAUGUUGAAGAUUAAGAAUAUAACUACCAGCUCAUCAGGGCAGUUAGCCACGGUGUCCCUGCUGGACUGGUAUGAGCUGGAGGAAGAGCUGCUCCUCGUGAUGGAGAGGCCCAUGCCUUCAGAGGACCUCAAUGUCUUCCUUGAUGAACAUGAAGGUUGUCUAAAUGAGGAGGAGGCCAAGAUCAUAUUAAAACAGCUGGUGGAAGCAACAAUUCAACUUCAGGACGCAAACAUUUUCCACAGAGAUAUUAAAGUGGAAAAUGUCCUUAUUGAGAGGAGCUCAGAAGGCCUACGAGCCUAUCUCAUAGACUUUGGUCUAAGCUGCUUUGACCAUGGACGUAAAUUUACCAUCUUCCAAGGGACCCGUGCUCUGGAAUCACCAGAAUAUCGGACACAAAAGAAAUAUUCUGCUGGACCCACAACAGUGUGGCAGCUUGGGGUGAUCCUGUUCGAAAUUCUCCACGAUAGGAAUUUUGAAACCAACAGCUUUCUCAAAAAGAAGCUGAAAAUCAGCAGGAAGCUUUCCAAAAACUGCCAGGAUAUUUUGACUAGGUGCCUCAAGAAACACCCGGAGGAUCGUCCCACGCUGGAAGAGCUACUGAGACACUCAUGGUUUUCUUAA